CUCUCUCGUUGGCUGAUGAAAGCCAAAACAAAACCCUACUUCCAUGGUUGGCUGCUUCCUUCCUCUCUAAAGAAAUCCUCAGCUGCCGAACCCCGAAAACACCAAGUAAAAAAAUCAACAAAAAUGGUGGCCGGCAAGAAAACGAAGAAGACCCAUGAAAGCAUCAACAACAGGCUGGCUCUCGUUAUGAAGAGUGGAAAAUACACUCUUGGUUACAAAACCGUGCUUAAGUCUCUCAGGACCUCCAAAGGGAAGCUGAUUAUUAUUUCGAACAACUGUCCACCGCUUAGGAAAUCUGAGAUUGAGUACUAUGCCAUGCUUUGUAAAGUUGGGGUUCAUCAUUAUAAUGGAAACAAUAACGAUCUGGGAACUGCUUGCGGGAAGUACUUCCGGGUCUCCUGCUUGAGUAUCAUCGAUCCAGGUGAUUCCGACAUCAUCAAGUCUCUACCCGGUGAUAACUGAGUUGAUCAAAGUUUAGCUUCUCUCAUUUGACAGCCGAAUGAUUUUUCUUGCCCUUUGUUUAAGAAUGCUUACUGGAUGAUUCUUAAUGUCAAGUUGUGAAUACUCUUGCCAAAAUUUGCAACUUAAAUGCCAGUCGUUGUUUGGUUAAUGAAGAAGAUUCUGGGUUUUCAUUA